AUGGGCUCGCGCCUCGAGAAGAACUCCGAGUCGGUCCGCAAGCGCAUCGCCAGCCACCAGUUUGAUGGCGAGGAUGGAGAGGAGUACCGCGGCUCGGCCUUUGGCGGCUUUACCGACUACUUCAGGCGGAAGAAGAUCAAACUGCAGAAUCUCGAUGCCGACAUACGAAACCAGGCCGGCAACAAACCUCAAAUCUUCAAAGGCGUCGUGGCGCAUGUCAACGGCUACACGCAACCAUCGCUCAACGACCUGCACACCUUCAUAGUCCAACACGGCGGCGGCUUCAUGCAGUAUCUGGAUGGGAAGACUACGGUCACGCACAUCAUUGCCAGUAGUCUGACGCCGAAGAAAGUCGUCGAGUUCCGGAGAUACCGAAUCGUAAAGCCCGCGUGGAUCGUAGACAGCAUACAAGCGGGCAAGUUGCUGCCAUGGAGCGAGUACCGAGUAGUUGAUGAGGGCGAGAAGCAGAAUGUGCUGGCUUUCAGCAAGGGCGGCAUGACUAGCACCGCGAAUGUCAAGACAAGGGGUUAUCGGGACCAGACUGAUGCCAGCUGGUACACGAGUCAACUGAGGGGAAGCCAGGCUGGUCCGGCGAGUACACCAACACCGAGCAGCAGCAUGCGCGCGCGCUUUUCGAACAAAAAGCAGCGGCUUCCUACACCGGACGAUGACAUCGAGGAUCUGCCACCCUCCCGCGAACCCGAAGGCCUGCCUGGCCAGGCUAGAUCCGGAGAGUCGAGUAAAGCUGCGAAGCUUGUCACACCACCCAAGACCAGCCCUUCACUAGCCCCGGCUAGGACAGACAACGUGCCGGACGAGGUCGACGAUUGUCUCUAUACGGACCCGAGCCCUCCUCCGCCCCAGCGCGCAGAGUCAAAAGACGAUAACGAAGACCAAGUUGAGCAACUGCCUCCGGUGCAAGACGCUCCAAAGCCUAAGAACCGGGAGCUGACUGCCGAGGAGCACAAUGCAAUACUUCUACGGGAUCCAAAGGUUCGCAAAUCUACCGUUGUCGAUCCGAAUUUCCUCGAACAAUACUAUCGCGAAUCACGGCUGCAUCAUCUGUCGACAUGGAAAGCCGAUCUCAAGUCCCAGCUGCAGGCACUAGCGAGCGAGAAGACCUCGUCACAGAGGGCCAAGCAGAAGCGCGCCCCGGGCGCUCGGCGCUAUAUUCUCCACGUGGACUUUGACAGUUUCUUCGCAGCAGUCAGCUUGAAGAAACACCCAGAAUACAAAGACAAGCCGGCAGUUGUUGCGCAUGGCCAAGGCAGCGGGUCUGAAAUCGCGAGUUGCAACUAUCCUGCCCGAACAUUUGGUGUCAAAAACGACCUUAAAAUCUUGCCUUAUGACUUUCCCGAGUACGAAGCCACCAGCCGCGCCUUUUACGAUGCCAUAUUGGCUAGCGGUGGUCUAGUGCAGAGUGUUAGUAUCGACGAAGCGCUCAUCGAUGUAUCGAACCUAUGCAUCGCUGCUGGUGGUAGUGAUGGCAAACAAUACUCCGAAGGCAGCAGUCAUCGCGAGCAGGCGAAAGCCGAAGAAAUUGCACUCAAUCUACGCGACGAAGUCAGAUCCAGGACUGGUUGUAACGUUUCCGUCGGCAUCGGUAGCAACAUCUUGCUAGCUAAAGUAGCCUUACGCAAAGCAAAGCCUGCCGGACAACACCAGAUCAAACCCGAAGAGGUAUUAGACUUCAUAGGUCAACUUCAGGUACAAGAUCUCCCAGGCGUCGCUUGGUCGAUUGGAGGCAAGCUUGAGGACCAGGGAGUCAAACUCGUCAAAGACAUUCGCGAGCUUACGAAAGAAAGGCUCGUUCAGAUACUAGGGCCCAAGACUGGAGAGAAGCUUUACGAGUACGCAAGAGGUAUCGAUCAUCAAGAAGUAGGGGAGCAAGUCGUCCGCAAGUCUAUUUCUGCCGAGGUGAACUGGGGUGUUCGCUUUGAGAACCAGGAGCAAGCUGAUGAGUUCAUUGCAAGCUUAUGCGGAGAGCUCCAGAAGAGACUGUUGAAGGAGAGGGUAAAGGGCAAGCAUUUCAUGAUGAAGAUUAUGCGACGUUCUCCAGACGCUCCUCUGGAUCCUCCCAAGCAUCUUGGCCACGGCAAAUGCGACACGCAUAAUAAAAGCCUCACGCUUGGUGUCGCUACCAACGCCAAAGAAAUUCUUACGAAAGAGGCAUUAGGCAUACUGCGCGGUUUUGGUUUCACCCCAGGUGAGCUUCGAGGCAUCGGCAUACAGAUGACAAAACUUGAGCCUAUGAAGAAUGCCACGGAUGGUAGUCUUGAAGGCUCACAGCGACGACUACAAUUCAAAGUCGGCAACGCGGAAACAGCUCGUGUGGCGCGAGCCCCAAAAGCAGUUGAGGAAGACCCCAUCCAAGACGAUCCCGAGACCCCACGAAAGUCCAAAGCCUCGUCAGGAGAAGAGCAUGUCCCUUUUGGCGCUCAGACACUCAAUGCAUCAACACCUUCACGCCGCCCGCUAAACAUGUUAGGCACGCAGUUCAUCAUGCCCUCGCAGGUUGACCCCAAAGUACUGGCCGAGCUACCAGAGGACAUUCGAUCAAAACUGCUGCGCCAAACGCGUCAGUCUUCUCCUACACCUGCACGCAAUGAAGACAAAAGAGGCAACCCUAGCACACCUACAAAAGCUUUGCCUUUCGCUAUGACAGCACUCCCAGCCCAGUCUCAACUUGAUCCCGAUAUACUUGCUACGCUACCAGCCGAAGUUCGUGCCGAGAUACUUGCACAGUAUGACGCCAGCAUCACUCCCUCCUCUCCCUCUCGCCGUCCAAAGGGCGCGGACCAAACGAUAUUACCCCAAUCGCCACGCAAGAAUAGAAUCAUAGGUAUCCCUGCGAAGAAAGCCAUUGUACCUGUCAAGCGUGGUAGAGGCCGGCCACCAAGAUCUGCAAUGCUUGCUGCCGCUGCUCAAGCAAAGUCUAUUAGCAUGACUGGUAAAACUCUCACUCAAGCCAAUUUCAUCUCUCUCAAGAACCCCGCACGAGAAAGUGAGAGUAGAGAGAACUCCGCGGGCCCAAGCGAUGAUGCCUUUGAAGCGCCCACCGUACCUAAACCACCAAAGGAAGAUGACCUUGACCCAGCCUUCCUCGCUGCGCUACCCGAAGACGUUCGCAAAGAGGUACUCGCACAACACAAAGCCGAGAAAAUGAAUGCUUUCCGUGUCUCUGUAUCACGCAAGGCUAAACCUCCACCGGUAGUCGAACCGCCUACAGAACUACCCACGAUCAAAGUCCCUCGCCCUGUAAAGCCGACCUUUACAACCGACAAACUCUCGGCGCUGGCGGACUUGAGGGUCGCCAUGAAGCAAUGGAUUGGCGAGUUUACUGACGAAGGGCCGUAUGGCGAAGAUGUUGUUGCAUUGAUCAAGUAUCUCAGAAAGGUCGUACUGGAAGAAAAGGACAUCAGCAAGGCUGUUGGUAUGGUGAAAUGGAUCGACUACGUCAUUAAUUACGAGGCGGAAAAGGACGAAAACUUUUCGAAAGAGCCAUGGGAAACAGCUCUUGCGAAGAUCAAGGACGGCGUCGUCAAGGCGGUGAAAGAGAGAGGUUUGGGCCGAGUGUCUUUUGACUAG